UUGGAGAUGAUGGAAUUUGAGGUCUACGUGUCCUUACACUGGUAUAGCGAGACACUGAGGACACUGGGACGCUUGAUGAAACAGUCCGUAGAGAAGGUUGACGUCAUAUUGGAUUCAGUAUUCAGUCGUGACUCGCAUGAAACUUUCAUCUGUUUUGUUUCAGAAUGCCUGGAGAAGAUGGCUUCCGUUCAUUUUUCAGGUGGUUGGAAUGACUUUACAUUUUGGAGUUUAUGUCGCUUAUUUCAACAAUAUGAAGCUGAGAAAGGAGACAGCAGCCUCCCGCACCUCAUCUCUUUGUUUGCUCCUUUUCCAAACGAUGUGAUCUCAACAGAGUUGGACUGGAUUGAUAGAAUUAACUUCAGAUUUAUAAGACAAUGUCUACAGAAUGAGGUCGUAACCCCACAGCACAAAGAGGCUUUACAAAGUCUUGAGCAACUCAUAAUCCUCAGUCUUGAGGAGGCUGUAAGGAAGGGUUUCCUAAGUCACGCUUGCUGUUACAAAUAUGUCAUGGACUGUGGAAACCAGUGGAACUUCAAUGAAUAUUUGAGGCUCAUGAACAAUGAGGUCCACGUGAACCCAAUCUGGUCAGAGAAGACACUGAAGACAAUGAGUGACUUUAUUAAACACUCCUCAAAAAGAGUCAACAUGAUACUGGCCUGUGAUGGUUACUGUGAGAUACGUGAAAGAUGUAUUCACUUCUUGUCAGACUGUCUGGGUUGGACGUCCUCUAUACGUUUUUCUACAGGAUUUAAUGAGAAAUCAUUCAUAACCAUGAUGGAGUUGUGUCAAACGUAUGAUGGAAUUACAGGAGGCUGCAAUCUGUAUGAAUUUGUAAGACUCUUUGGACCCUUGCCAAAUAAGGUGGACUUCAAAGACACAUCUUGGAUUAGUCAGGUGGACUUCAGAUUUUUACAGAAGUAUCUUAAUAAGGAUGUAACACAAUGGUACACGUACAGUGACAGUUUGUCAGCCCUGGAUCAGUUCAUUAUCAGAACCCUCUUCAACAUUUCAAGGCAUGACAGGACGUGUUACAGUGACAUCCGCCAAUACAUUCAACAGAGCAGAAAUGUGAAACUUUCAGAUAAGGACGUCUUUGUAUCCUGCAGGUGGAAUAAAGAGAUGCUGAACAGUGUGAUGGACUUCAUAGAGUGCUCCUCAACUCAGGUUGACAUGAUGGUGGACUCCAUAUUCUGUGGAAUGUAUGAUUUCAUUGACCAUGUAUCUAACUGCUUAGAUAAUAUAUCCUCCAUCCGUUUUUCAGGUGGUUGGAAUGACAGUACAUUUUGGAGUUUAUGUCGCUUAUUUCAACAAUAUGAAGCCAGGAAAGGAGACAGCAGCCUCCCGCACUUCAUCUCUUUGUUUGCUCCUUUUCCAAAUGAUGUGAUCUCGACAAAGUUGGACUGGAUUGAUAGAAUUAACUUCAGUUUUGUGAGGCAAUAUCUCCAGAAUGAGGUUGCAGCUCCACAGCACAAAGAGGCGUUACGAAGUCUUCAUCAACUCAUAAUCAGAAGUCUUGAGGAGGCCGUAAGAGUGGGACAAAUAAGGUACAGUUGGCAUUAUAAAUAUAUGGUGGAUUGUGGGGACCUAAACGACUUCAAUGAAUCUUUGAGACUCUCAAACAAUGAAGUCCACGUGAACCCAAACUGGACAGAAGAGACGCUGAAGACAAUGAGCUGCUUUAUAAAAAGCUGCUCAAGUAAAGCUGACAUCAGAUUGGAUAACAUUGUUUCCUAG